ACUACCUAGUACCUUUGAACUAUCUUGACCUUCAUCAUCAUCGUCAUCUUCAGCGCAACGGGGGGGGGACAAUGGAAUCCCUUCCUUGAACGAAGAAUUCCAGAACGUCUGCGUAUAAGAAAAUGAAGGAAGGGGGAAGGAAGGGCAAAGGUUCCUGGAUCAGUCAAAAACAUGGAAAGGGAAGCAAAUGAAGCAUGUUUCUCCACCCGCAUACUGUUUCCGUCUCCGUUCCAUAACUUUUGGUAUACCAGAACUCAGCUGCCAGUAUCUGAUCCUCUCAUCUCAUAAUAAAAGUGUGACAUUCAGUUCCAGUCACUCCCGCCCCAAACCCUCUAUCCGUGCACGUCCCCCUUUUCACCUUAUCCUCGUCACUCCCAACCUUUGCAAUCACCGAAAUCAUCAACGCAAAGGAUGUUGCGAUCACGAAGCAAGCAAAACCAAGGAUUUUAGUCAUUGUUUAUCGUCUCAUCUUACCGUUGCCCGGCGCGGUCGCAUCCAUUACCGGGGAAGGUUAAAGUCUGUUUUAAGAAUAGAUGGACGGACGGCGAGGGGGGGACAAAGGCAUGUAACCAACGUCAGCCAAGACCCCCAUCUGCUCCCAUCUCCCUUUGUUUCGUUCUUCCCAGCCAUUUGUUUCUUGCAUGGUCGCUUUUCUCCCCCGGGGGGAAGAAGGACGUGGCCGGAGUAGUAUUCCUGGGGGAAAGAGGUGCGUGACCCGGCUGCGUUGAGGGAGUCUCAUCUACCGGACCAGUUGAUUAGACCCUCUUUUUGCCUCGAUGUCCUAGGAAAGUCUGGAGAAAGAGGAGAGAGAGAGAGUCUGGAGCAUUGGAUGGGUAAGGCGGAUCAGCGCCGGUCAGCUGAGAUAGCAUAGCUCGGAGCCAGCUACCUACC